GAUCGGUACGAACUUUAAAGCUCCUAGUACUCUUCUAGUAAUGGCAAAGUAGCUUCGAGUGUCACUUAGAAGUAGCCUUUAGUGUUCACUACGAGGCAAACGCAACGUGGGAUCGUCUGGGACGAACAACAAUCGGGGAAGCACCCGGAACAGAAGAACCUCAAGGAACAGGACAGAGACACCCAUGCACAAGCAAGUGUGAAGAACGAGGCUUCAUCUCCAAAAAACAGUUACUUUUCGACAAGCAUCGUGCCUCUUUCUUAACAAGAAACAAUGUCUGCAGGGUAUUUCAUCACGAAAGCCUCUCUGGCAUGUCUUCUGUCUUGACUGGGAACACAUUGCAGAUACGGCUGACCCUCUGAGAAACAGACAGCAAACGAUUUACUCCCCAUGAAGGAAGAGACAAGAUAUGCUCGUGUCUUGGAGUUAUCACGUUCCAUCCCCUCAGAUUCACAACUCCAAGAAGAAAUGCAGCUCCCACCAGAGAUGAGUGGUCAGCCCGUGAGAGUGAAGUCGGAACCACCUGAUGUUGCAUGCCUGCCAGAAGAGAGCCAGAUGCAGCAACAGCAUCACGACGAGUCUCCAUCAGCAGCUGAUGCUUGUGGAGUUACGGCUCGGAUGUGUCGCAUUAAAGAAGAGCCUCGAGAGGAAUCUUCGAAUGAACAACCAAUCAUAGAAGUGAAGACAGAGCCUUAUAAUGUUGCCGUCUUGAAGGAAGAGGACCAGAUAGGACACAACUCCGAUUCAACAUCGGAAGAUGCAAGCGACAGCACUGAUACGCUCCAUAUUAAGGACAAGCCCAGACGCACUUGUGAACAAGAAUACUCAGGUUACCCUUCUUCAUAUGCACAGUUCAAGAUCAGCACAACAACGGUUGAACUGCAGCUCGACAGCACUGCACUAGUCGCUACGAACGAUCGACACGCUGAGCAACAUAGGGACCAAAGCAAGCCGUGUGCACUUGCAUCCCUGUCGAAAGCCAGCCUCGAAUGCCACAGGUUUGCAGACUGUCACAACGAGUCUGAAAAGUGUUCCACUACUCCUCCAUCGGAUGUUCAGCUGGGAGGGAUGGGUUCUGGGUGCAACACUUGUCCCUCUGCAUUCUCGUGGUCUGCAGGAGACGAGAACCACAUGGCUUCAGAGUUCAGCAUGAGCUGGAACCUACAGCAGCACAAGAGGCCAUAUUCAUGCAAGAAGCCAUACAAGUGCGAUGUCUGCCCUGCGGAGUUCACAAGGAAUGCUCACCUGGAGCAGCACAAGCGGACACACACAGGCGAUAAGCCAUACAAGUGCAGUGUCUGCCCUGCUGAGUUCAGCCAGCGCGGGAACCUACAGCGUCACCAGUGCACACACACGGGCGAGAAGCCAUACAUGUGCAAUGUCUGCCAUGCAGAGUUCAUCCUGAUUGGGCACCUACAGCAGCACAAGCGGAGACACACGGGUGAGAAGCCAUACGAGUGUGAUGUCUGCCCUGCAGUGUUCAGCCACAGCGGGAGCCUACAGCAGCACAAGCGGACACACACUGGCGAGAAGCCAUACAAAUGCGAUGUUUGCCACACGAAGUUCAGCCAGAGCGGGAGCCUACAGAAGCACAUGCGGACGCACACGGGCGAGAAGCCAUACAAGUGCGAUGUCUGCCAUGCAGAGUUCAGCCAGAGCGGUAACCUACAGCAGCACAUGCUGACGCACACAGGCGAGAAGCCAUACAAGUGCGAUGUCUGCCAUGCAGAGUUCAGCCAGAGCGGUAACCUACAGCAGCACAUGCUGACGCACACAGGCGAGAAGCCAUACAAGUGCGAUAUCUGCCCUGCGGAGUGCAGCAGGGGCGCGGACCUACAGAAGCACAUGCGGACACAUACUGGAGAGAAGCCAUACAAGUGCGUUCUCUGUCCUGCAAUGUUCAGACAGCGCUCAACCUUGUCACGUCACAAGCGGACACACACGGGCGAGAAGCCAUACAAGUGCGAUGUCUGCCACGCAGAGCUCAGCCUGAGAGGGACCCUCCAGCAGCACAAGCGGACACACACGGGUGAUAAGCCAUACAAGUGCGAUGUCUGCCACGCAGAGCUUAGCCUGAGAGGGACCCUCCAGCAGCACAAGCGGACACACACGGGUGAUAAGCCAUACAAGUGUGAUGUCUGCCACGCAGAGUUCAGCCUGAGAGGGACCCUCGAGCAGCACAAGCGGACACACACGGGUGAUAAGCCAUACAAGUGCGAUGUCUGCCACGCAGAGCUCAGCCUGAGAGGGACCCUCGAGCAGCACAAGCGGACACACACGGGUGAUAAGCCAUACAAGUGCGAUGUCUGCCACGCAGAGUUCAGCCUGAGAGGGACCCUCGAGCAGCACAAGCGGACACACACGGGUGAUAAGCCAUACAAGUGCGAUGUCUGCCACGCAGAGCUCAGCCUGAGAGGGACCCUCGAGCAGCACAAGCGGACACACACGGGUGAUAAGCCAUACAAGUGCGAUGUCUGCCACGGAGAGUUCAGCCUGAGAGGGAACCUACAGAAGCACAUGCGGACACACACGAGCGAGAAGCCAUACAAGUGUGAUCUCUGUCCUGCAAUGUACAGACAGCGCAGAGCCUUGUCACGUCACAAGCGGACACACACGGGUGAGGAGCCAUAAAAUUGCAACCUCUGUUGUGCAGUGUUCAUCCACAGCAGAAACUUGCGGUGCGAUACAAGUGCCGUCUCUGUCCUUCAGAAUAUCACAAGCAGGCACCCUGGAAUGAGAAGCCAUAAAAGAACAUUCUCUGUUCUGCAGACCUGAGGCACAACACAAACCUGCAGUGUAACAAGAAGACCUACGUGGGUGUGAAGCCAUACAAAUGCAACUUCUCUACUGCAGAGUUCAUGUGGAGCAGGAACACACAGAGUUAGAGAAGAAUUUGCUAUAGCUAGUUCAGUCAGAGCACAAAACCUGUGGCUUAACAUGCAGCCAAGACACACUUGUGACGGCAACCAUGCAAGUGCGCAGGGACCAAGUACACUUGAAAAAGUGCCAGUGCAGUGCUGUUGUGUGUCCUGAACCCAGAGACCUGAAGAAGCACAUGCUAAUGCACAGAGAGGUGAAGGCUAUAAGGAUGCAAUCUGUCUCCCGCGGUAUUUUACUUGUGUUCGACAUUCUGAAACUCGCACGCAUGAACAGACCGAGGGCAAAAAGAGUUGAGUUGGGUGGUGACACAUGUGAAACGUAAGAAAAAAGAAGAGUGCAGAGAAACAGACAGACUGUGAAGGAACACCCAUACAGUGGCCCUCAUCUGCUAACCAAGGCUUACUUCCAUGAACGACAUGCAUUGCAUUGUUUCCUGUUUGCCUCUUUAUUCCUUUUUCUCCUUCUUCCUCUUCAUUAUUAUGAUGAAUGCUUCUUUUAUGCCUUAUAUCUCUUCAACUGAUAAUAUGAACAAAUAAAUCAACCCAAAGAAA